CAAAAAUUAAUGAUUUUAGGCGCCUAACAUGAAUCAUUGAAUGGGAAGACUUCAGUUUUGUUGAUCUAAAUGAUAUAAUAAUGAAUGUCUGGCGAACAGGAUGUAAUUGUCAGAGAAUGUAAGAGAGUAGAGUCUUAUAGUGCAAACUGUACCGAAGAAUCAGUUUCUUCAUCCAAUGUGUUAUUUACAAACCAACAAGAAACCAAUUCUAGCACCCAUCAAGCUCUUCAAGUCUUUACCAUUGAUAAGAAUUUCCUUGUGUCUCAGUUGGAAAAUGGAGAACUUUGCGCAGCUGAUGGAACAAUUUUAAGGCUUCAUGGUCCUCUACAAAUUGAUGAAGCAAUUGCCAUUGAUCAAGACCACUUGGAAGGUCAUGAACCUAGUCACAUUCAGCAGACCAGCUUUGUACUGGAUGCAGAGACGACAGACUCUGUACAGGCAGUAUUGGCUUCUGUGCAGCAAGCAUUACUGCAUCGUUUGGAUCAACUAGAAAAGAAAGUUAAUGAUGUUGAUGUUUGGUGUGAAUCUCUCUCGAGAAGAGUUGACAAUGUUAUUGCUUCUGUAAAGGUGUCUGGACCAUUAAACAGAGUGGCUAUAGCACGCAAGAACAAAGCUGGCACUAUUAUUGUUGGUCUUCCUUCUAAACAGUCAGAUGUCUGUACUUCUGAAGGCUCUACUGUUAGAAACAGUCUACAGCUGAUAAACCUAAAUUCAGAGAAUGAUUAUCCAAAUGGUUCUUGGCUGGGCAGCCCAGAAGAUCCAGAGAUGAGAGUACGGUGUCACAUACUUCCCAGUGACCUAGAAGCAGUUAAUCAGAGUUGUGCCACACCAGAGAAGAUGGCUCUUACUCUACUAGAUUAUCUGUUUGAUCGGGAUACUCAGGCUUGUUCCAACAUCUCAGGUACAGGAAGACACGGCAAAAAACAGCUAGAUCCCUUAAAAAUAUAUGGCAUUAAAUGCCACCUUAUGUAUAAGUUUCAUAUAUCUGCAAAAGACUGGCAUAGAAUUCAGCAGAAUCUUGAUUCCAAGUGCCGAACAGCUUUCCGAAGGAAACAGAGGGGAAUGCCGUUAACUGUGAAAGCUUUUCGGAACAGGGUUCCACAAACAUAUGUUCAUGUGGCAUCAUCUAGUAGUGAACUGAUUGGACCAGAAUCACCUUCAGGAGUUCAGCAUGACCUUGAAUUUGAGCCUAAAAUUAAAACAGAAAAUCAUAUCUUUUUGGAGAAAAGCAUUCCAGUAGGACAAACUAUACCUGUUUCUAUUCAACAAGCAGAUGAGAUUGGAGUCACUGUACCUAUUCAAUGUACAUCGCAAAUGAUCAGCACAGAGCAUGGAGAUGUACAAGUUAUCCAUGCUACUCCAGAGCAGUUGGCUCAGAUUCAGCAGAACCACCAGAUUCACAUUCUUAGUGGAGCAGAGAUGCUCAGAGAGAUGGAAAGUGAAGAUGCUCCAGAAUCAAUUAGUAUUGCAAAACCAUCGUAACACAGUUUAUACACCUGUAGGCCUUAAUUGUUUCCAUGAGAAGAUGUUUUCUAAUAUUGUUCCUUUCACCUGAAAUAGGAAGUUCAUGGAAAUGUUUUUAUGCAAAUUUAUGUAAAUAAAAAGUCUGAUCUAUGCAGCCUUGAA